AUGCCACCCAAGCAGGCUACCCUUGGGAAGUUCUUCGGGAAGUCUGACGGCAGCGUAGCCAAGCAACAAUCGAAGUUGUCCUUUUCGACAAAGCCCAAACCCGAAAAGAGAGACUCGGCGCCAAAAGAAGAGCCCAAAUCAUCCCCUGAGGAAGUCAAGACACAGGACAAUGUCAAGGAGGAGUCUGAUGCGGAGGUCAAGGAAGAGGUGAAGGGCGAGACCAUGGAGGUCGAUGACCCCGUUGCAGAUGGUGGGAAAAAAAGGCAAGCGAAAGAGGAAGAGGAGGAUUCUGAGGAUGAGCCCCCAACCAAACGACAGCGAAGAAAGCCAGCAAAGGAGGCUGUAGAACCAAAAAAGUCUAAGGCAGUGCUCAAGAAGGCCGAUAAAGAGGCUGAAGAGCCCAAGAAGCCAAAGGCUUCGCCGAAAAAGGCCGCCAAGUCCCCAGCGAAGUCUAAGAAGCCAGUCGUGAAACCUAAGGUUGUAGAGCCGAAAGACGAAGAUGAGGAGGUUGCUGCGCCAAAGAAAAUUGCUGAGAGCAAGAAAGACGUUGAGAAGUCGCCCGUAGAAGAAGAUGCAGACUCGAGUCCGAAGGACGAGGAAGUAUUGAGCUCAGAUGAGGAGCCGGAAGAGUUGAAACAAAAGGCUCGGAAGAAGGUUCAGACCACGUUAACGUCAACAACGAAAGACUUAUAUCCUGACUGGAAGUCUGGUGAGCCAGUACCAUACGCUGCACUAUGCACGACUUUCUCGAAGAUCGAGAUGACUACAAAGCGACUGGAGAUAUCCGCACAUUGCUCACUUUUCUUACGACAAGUACUGCGACUGACACCCACUGACCUGCUUCCGACUGUCCUGCUUAUGAUCAAUAAGCUUGCUGCCGACUACGCCGGUAUUGAACUCGGAAUUGGCGAGUCGCUAAUUAUGAAGGCCAUUUCUGAAAGCACAGGACGGACUCUAGCUCACAUCAAGACCGAUCAAAAUGAAAUUGGUGACCUUGGUCUCGUGGCAGCGAAGAGUCGGUCAAAGCAGCCGACGAUGUUCAAACCCAAGUCUUUGACGGUGCAAGGCGUACACAAGGGUCUGCUGACCAUUGCUACCAUAGAGGGACAAGGUUCUCAAGGACGCAAGGUCGAUGCUAUCAAGAAGUUGUUAUCAGCGGCUGAUGCGCAAACCGCUGGCAAGCAAAUCGACAUCGAAAAGGACAAGGGAGGGCCUAGCGAAGCUAAGUAUAUCGUGCGGACGUUGGAGGGCAAGCUUCGAUUGGGUCUUGCGGAGAGGACGGUUGUGGUUGCCCUAUCGCAAGCUAUGAUCUUCCAUGAAAUGUCACAGGAGAGCAAAAUUCCGUCAACAGCAGAUUUGGCCAAGGCAGAGUCUACGCUGAAAUCCGUUUACAGUGAACUUCCAAGCUACGAGGUCAUUGUUCCGGCUAUGCUCGAGCAUGGCCUUUCCAACUUGCCCGAGAGGUGCCGCCUGCAGCCUGGUGUUCCUCUUAAGCCUAUGCUUGCCAAACCAACAAAGUCUAUCACGGAGGUCCUUGAUCGCUUCGAGGGCAAGGAUUUUACGUGUGAGUACAAGUAUGAUGGAGAACGAGCUCAGAUACAUUUUGUCGCGCACGACGCUGCAAUGGAGAUGGCCACAGCAGCUCCCGCUGUUGGAAAGAGCGAUCGUGGUGUUUCGAAUAUCUUCUCAAGAAAUUCCGAAGACUUGUCAAAGAAAUAUCCCGACAUUCUUGCCAAACUACCUACCUGGAUCAAACAAGGCACAAGCAGCUUCGUUCUAGAUUGCGAGACGGUUGCUUGGGAUAUGGUGGAGAAGAAAGUUCUGCCCUUCCAACAACUCAUGACGCGAAAAAGGAAAGAUGUUAAGGUUGAGGAUGUCAAAGUUCAGGUUUGCGUGUUCGCAUUCGAUAUCCUCUAUCUCAACGGCGAGGCUCUUGUAAACAAAUCAUUCCGCGAGCGUCGUGAGGCUCUGCUCGGUGCCUUUGAUCCAGUUGAGGGUGAGUUUGCUUUCGCAAAGUUUGGUAAUACGAACGAGCUAGAAGAGAUCCAAAUCCUCCUCGAAGACUCUGUAAAAGCAUCGUGCGAAGGUCUCAUGGUAAAGAUGCUCGACGGUCCAGAGUCUUCGUACGAGCCUUCGAAACGAUCACAGAAUUGGCUCAAAGUCAAGAAAGAUUACCUUGCCGGUGUCGGCGACUCUCUCGACCUAGUCGUCCUGGGGGCCUACUUUGGCAGGGGCAAGCGGACUAGUUGGUACGGUGCCUUCUUACUCGCUUGUUAUAACCCCAAGACGCAGAACUAUGAGACUGUCUGCAACAUCGGUACUGGUUUCUCCGAAGCUAUUCUCGAGACACUCCACAAACAGCUUUCGGAAAUUGUCAUCGACCGCCCCAAACCCUUCUACACUCACUCGUCGGGCAACAAGGAUCAACCCGAUGUAUGGUUCGAGCCGCGUUACGUGUGGGAAGUUAAGACGGCCGAUCUCACAUUGUCACCGCGAUACAGGGCUGCCGCCGAUGAGGUCUCAGGUGGCGGGAAGGGAAUCAGCUUGAGAUUUCCUCGUUUUAUCAAAGAGAGAGAUGAUAAGAAGCCAGAUGAAGCGUCUACAUCGAGAAUGAUCGCCGAGAUGUACCAAAGACAGGAGAGUGUGUCGAAGACCAAGGGGCCGAGUGCCGAUGAUGACUUUGAGUACUAA